AUGAGUACUAUGGACACCUCAGUUGCUUCCACCGAGACACAAUUCGGCAAGGCAUUCGGCAAGAAAUAUUUCAUGUUCGAACCCGGAUACAGACACUUGAAUCAAGGCAUGUCCGUCUGGUACCCUCGCCCUGUACGAGAUGCGUUGAGAUCAUUCCAAGACGAAGUCCAAGCUCAUCCGGAUGUUUUCAUUCGAUACAUUUACCCGGAACGUCUGACACAAUCGCGACGUGCUGUGGCUCAAUUUCUUCAUGCGAAUGAGGAUGAAGUAGUGUUGGUCCCCAAUGCCACGACUGGCCUCAAUGCGGUUCUUCGAAACAUUGUCUACAAGCCCGGAGACAAGAUCGUCUACGUCCAAGGCACAUACGGCGCCAUUGAGAAGACCGUUCAUUACCUGGUCGAAACAACGCCAGUUGAGAGUAUAUGUAUCGAUUUCGACCCUACUGUCAAUGAUCAGGAGAAACUCAUCCAAUCCUUCCGAUCAACGGUGGAGGCACACCAAGGCCAGAUAAAGGUGGCCAUCUUCGACGCGGUUAUGAGCAUGCCUGGCGUGAGAAUGCCUUUUGAGAAACUUGUUGGGAUCUGUAAAGACAAUGGUGUUUUGAGUGCAGUCGAUGCUGCCCACGGCAUAGGUCUCAUUGAUUUGGACUUGAAGACCUUAGACCCGGAUUUUCUGGUCAGCAAUUGCCACAAGUGGCUCCUGGCUCCCCACGUCUGUGCGGUCCUGUACGUCCCGCUUCGCAACCAGAAGCUCAUGCGGUCUACACUGCCUACCUCGCAUGGCUUCCAGCCAUUGCCGGAAAUCCUCAACGGGAAAACGUUCGUGAGGCCGCACAAAGAAAGCACGAAUGAAUUUGUUUCCCUCUUUCAGUACUCUGGCACCAUCGAUUUUGGGCCACCGCUAUGUAUUCCUGCUGCGAUAGACUUUCGACAAAACGUUUGUGGCGGGGAAGAGAAGAUUCGCAAGUACUGUCGGGAACUGGCCAAAGAAGGCGAGACUCGAGCUGCUCAGAUUCUCGGGACCGAGCCAAUACCUAUCUCUGAAGCAGACAGAACCUUCUUUGCUAAUCUACGACUCCCUAUUGAGGUCUCACCAACCGAGCGCAAGGAUCCGAAAGGAGUCCCCCUAGAUGAUGCACCCCUCGUGCUGAGUUGGAUCAUGAGACACUUGUAUGAGGACUACAACGUUUUUGUCAAUGUGUCGUAUGUCUCAGGGGCAUUGUGGACGAGGUUUUCGGCCAUGGUCUAUUUGGAGGUCGAGGACUUUGAGUACUGUGCGAGAGCGUUGAAGGAGCUUAGUGAAAGGGUUCUCAAAGGAGAAUAUAAGACUGGUUAG